AUUUUUCGUCGUGCGUCGGGGAAAAGUAGGCGACGACAGCAACGACAAAACAAGCUUGUGAAAAGCUAAGCAGUAGCAGCGAGCAUUUUUAGAAUUCAGUCUCACAAUCGUCUCGCUAGCGAGCGGACGGGAGUUAUUUUUUCUCCAAAUUUUAAAGUGAAAAAAAUAAAAAUAUUAAAUAAGUUUUACAAUUGGCAAUUUAUGGAUAAAAUUCUAGUGUAAAAAAAAAUGUUUUUCAAAAUUUCUAGUGCAUUUUAAAUUUUUUUGUUCUACGCUAUGAAAAAUCGUGUGCUUCGCUCCGUUUGUGGUGUUCGUGUGUGUGAAUAAUUUGUUGUCAAAAAAAAAAGAAAAAAAUAAUUGUGCAUUAAGUGAAGAAAUAAACGCGUUGUCUUUUUGAAAUCAAAAUAAAUUAAUAAAACAAAAACGAAAUAACGCAAAUCAAGCUUCAAGCACUCGCAUCGUUUACAUAAAAGGAGAACAAAAUUCUGUGCUGCAGCAAAGGAAUUUUUGCCAUUGCAGAAAACAAAAAAAAAAAAAACGAAACGAAAACGACAAAAUACAUAGUGCGAUCUACGUCACAGAAUUGUGCGAGAGUGUGAGUGAGACGGCCUGCUGCCUGCCUGCACCCCCGGAAAUGUAACGCAUACGCACACACACUCGCUCGCACACAGGCACGAAGGCAUAAGAAAAACUUGCACCUGAAAGUUUGUGUUCGUGACUUCGUGGGUCGCCUUCGUGUUCUCUCGUGCGUCGUUGCACCAACUGCCGAACGAGGCCAAACCGAAAUUCUCUUAAGUACAAAAGGUUAUGGCAACACACGUUCGUCAACGCAGCCCUCAAGUGCAGCCAUAUAAAGACAAGCAACGAACCAGCAGCAGCAUGGACUCGCUCAAGUUACCCAAAACCAACAGCUCCAAUAGCAGCGCCAGCGGCAGCAAUAGCAACCUUUCCGGCUCGGCAUCCACAUCGGUUGUUGGCAGUCUGGCCACCACGCCCACAUCGGCAGUGCCGCCCACAGCUGCGACCACAAUCAAGACGCCACCUGGGCUGAGCAGCAGCACACCCAUCGCAGUGCGCUUCAAUGCCAAUCAGGAGUCGCUCGAUGACAUACUCCAGUCGUUCCAUCACAACACAUCGGCGCAUCAGCACAGCAGCCACAGCCCCAGCGGCGGCAUCAGCGGCGGCGGCGAUGCCUCGCCCACUCUGCUGGGCAUGAAGAAUAACGGCAGCGUGGGCGCUGCCCUUGGCAUGUUGGUGAAUCCCUGUGACUCGCAUUCGCUCUCCAGCAGUCCCUCACAACAGCAACAGCAGCAGCAGCAGCAGCAACAGCAGCAGCAACAUCUACAUCAGCAGCAGCAGCAGCAACUCUUUGGUAACGAGGAGGUGAAUCUGCGCAACAAUUAUCUGCAAGGCGGCGGCGGCGGUGGCGGAGGAGGCCAAGGACAAGGCAACAAUGGCGGAGGAGGCGGAGGCUUCUUCAAUCGCAAAAGCUGCAGCGGUCUGCCGCCCAAUCUGAAUCUCAGCAAGCCGCCGCCCCAGCUCCAGCAGCACCAGCAGCAGUUGUCGCCCAAUCUGAGUGCACUGCACCAUCAUCAUCAACAACAGCAGCAGCAGCGCGACGGAGGCGGCGGCGCGCACAGUCCCUCCUCGCCUGGCGGAGGCGGUGGUGGUGGUGGCGGCGGCUCACCGUAUAACGGCUCUCAGGCGGGCUGCAGCAGCGGCGGCAUCUCGCCCAUACCGCAGAUGAACAUGCAGGGCGUCUCGCCCAAGUACAGGCGCAGCAUAUCGUUUCCCAUCAAGGGCAACUCGCCGACGGCGCUCUAUGGCUGCGGAGGCGGAGGUGGUGGCGGCGGCAUGGAUGGCGUGGGCGGCGGCGCUGGACCAGGUCCGGGUCCCGGCCACAUGAACAUACCCACGUUGUCCAUUGGCAAUGGUGGUGCUGGUGGAGCCGGUGGCGGCGGUGGCAUGGGCACGGCAGGUGCCACAGGCGGCGGCGAUGCGCCCUACCUGGGCAACAGCUAUGGCAACAUGAUGAACGCCAACGGGCAGCUCCAUCAUAGCGGCGGCAUGGAGAACAGCCUCAGCGACUAUAUGCGCGGCAUGUCGCUGGGCGGCCCCGGCGGCGAGAACAUGGGCCUGAUGACGGACCGCAUGCGCAGCCUGACCAGCGGCGGCGGUGUCUCGAAGCAUCUGAGCGAGGCGGACGCCAUGGCCAUAGCCGCCGGCAACGAUCCGACGGUCUACUUGAAUGCGCUGAAGAUGGGCUCGCCGUCGCGCCUGUCGCCCCACUCGCCGCACUCGCCCAUCCAGGGCGGCAACGGAGGGAGCGCCGGGGAGUGCACGGCGCGCUUCUCGCGCAAGGUGUUUGUGGGCGGACUGCCGCCGGACAUUGAUGAGGACGAGAUCACCACAUCGUUUCGCCGGUUUGGGCCGCUGGUCGUGGAUUGGCCGCACAAGGCCGAGUCCAAGUCGUACUUUCCGCCCAAGGGCUAUGCGUUUCUGCUGUUCCAGGACGAGAGCAGCGUGCAGCAGUUGAUUGACUCGUGCAUCACGGACGAGGACAAGCUCUACUUGUGCGUCUCCUCGCCCACCAUCAAGGACAAGGCGGUGCAGAUCAGGCCCUGGCGCCUGGCCGACGCCGACUAUGUGCUCGAUGCGACCAUGUCGCUGGAUCCGCGCAAGACGGUCUUCGUUGGCGGCGUGCCACGCCCGCUGAAGGCCUUCGAGCUGGCCAUGAUCAUGGAUCGCCUGUACGGCGGCGUUUGCUAUGCGGGAAUCGACACAGAUCCCGAGCUGAAGUACCCGAAGGGCGCCGGCCGCGUGGCCUUCUCCAAUCAGCAGAGCUACAUCGCAGCCAUCUCGGCGCGCUUCGUGCAGCUGCAGCACGGCGACAUCGACAAGAGGGUGGAGGUGAAGCCCUACGUGCUGGACGAUCAGAUGUGCGACGAGUGCGAGGGGCAGCGCUGCGGCGGCAAGUUUGCGCCGUUCUUCUGCGCGAAUGUCACCUGCCUGCAGUACUACUGCGAGCACUGCUGGGCCGUCAUCCACUCGCGGCCCGGGCGCGAGUACCACAAGCCGCUGGUGAAGGAGGGCGCCGAUCGGCCGCGUGCGGUGCCCUUUCGCUGGUGUUAACGGCGGCGCUGGUAGGCCGCGCUGCACGAUGAGAGACGCCAACAGAGAGAGCAACGACAUCGGUUGUUGGACGCAGCGCUGGCAGUGCCCAGAGAUACUAUCAACAAUACACAGGCGCGACAGGAGCGAGAGAAUCGACUGGAUCGUCAGCAUCGGCUGAUCAAUCGAGCCCAGGAAGCUGACUGCGAGGGACGCGAACGAGUGCGUCCGCAGCGCAGGAGAAAGUUGUAAUUAGUAUAUAAGGCAAGCUCACGAAACACAAUCACACUCACACACUCACACACACACACUGACGCGCGAUACACUAUAUACAAAUGAAGACACACACACCUACACUCACACACAGACAAAAUCGAGCACACGCAGGCGAGGCUAAUGUUAAACCAGGUGCAAUAGCGCAGCAACUCACCCAGUAAGGGUAUUUGUGCCCAGCGCAAUAGCUGACAAGGAAGAGUCUACGCUCGUCUAACAGCAUAGUUUAAGUUGAAGAAUUAGGAGAAGAAACGCCCCUUAUUUUUCGCGGAAUCUUUGAGUAGUUUUUCUCUCACGCAUAGGAAGCGAAACGCAAGCACAGUAUUUGUUUAUUUUUUUUUACAUUUAUUUUAAUUUUUAUUUCAUAUAUAUAUAUAUAUUAAGAAUAUUUCUAAUAUAUAUAUGGAAUAUUUAGUAAGAAUUUGAUUAGGUGAAACAUGAUGAAUUGCCAAGACCACUGCCGAAAAGAAAGAAAGAUAGAUAUGGAAUUACGAGUAGGGCCCAUUUACCAAACCAACCCUUGCAUACAUACAAAAAUAAUAACAAACAAUCGAACAAACAAUCUAACGAGAGAAAAUCACACUGUGAAUGAGCUCGAAAUGAAUUGCCAUGAUUCUGUCUUUCUUUCGAAACGGAGGUGUGUCAUCAAGCAGAAGAAAUACCCCCAAGUUCCUAGCUAUUGUAUAUAGAAAUAUUUUGAUUUUCGAUUAGUGAGAC